UUCUCCCCUAUGGCUUCAAGGGGACUGGGCUGCUGUGCCAGAGCUGACUGCUUUACCUUUUGGGACCUUGUGCCGCGCUCCCACAUUAAAAGGUUCAAACCUAGUAAUGAAGACAAUUUCUGCAGUGAGGAACUGGAUGUUGACUUUCUACAACUUACUGAUGGAGAAAGUAGUAACACCUGAGAAUAAUGAAUGCCAAAGAAAAAAAAUCUGUGUGCUUCAGCUGGGGCUUCUGCAAAGUGACUCUGAGCAACCCUGUGGAAAAAGUGGCCUAUCUUAUAAUAUUCCAUAUUCUCUUUGUGCUCUUUGUGUGGACAUAUUGGAAGUCUAUUUUUACUCUCCCGGUGCAGCCAGGCAAAAAGUACCACAUGUCCUAUGCUGACAAAGAACGCUAUGAAAAUGAAGAAAGGCCGGAGGUGCAGAGGCAAAUUCUCGCCGAAAUUGCAAGGAAGUUGCCGGUGUACACAAGAACGGGGAAUGGAGGUCAGCUAAGCAGCGAGCUUUGUUUCUCUAAAUCUCAUCAAGCACGCUGA